UCAGCAUAUGAACGUGGCGUGCUAUGGCGUUUGACCGAUGGAUCACCUACAAAAGCCCUGCAGCCGUCAUCGACUCACCCCACUCUGUGUAAAGACUUUGAAAAUCUCCUCCAUCAGGUCUUAUGGUUUCCCAGUUUGCUGUCACGGCCGAUCUUUACUAUUUGAACCCUCCUGAUAACGGAGAGAAGCCCUGGACGAACGUUAAUGCGAACAACACCAUUCAAGCAAUCACCAGUCCUCCAAAUUUCCAGGACCGCAACUACAACUUUGUCAAACACUCUCUCCCGAUUCACCCAGUUCAGUCUGAUGACCCCGACAUUACUCUCGAUCGUGCUGGCUUUCAGUUCUAUCGUCGUCCUAGCAAGGAGAAGACUUUCGAUGACGAAGAACAAAUUAAGGCCGAAUAUUACCAAGAGUCCAUUGGUCUCAUCAAAGAGCUCACUGGAGCCAAUCGGGUCGUAGUCUUUGACCAUACCAUUCGUCGGUCCGGCGCGACAGGUCCCAAUACGCCGGACAAUCGGCAGCCAGUUACGACCGUUCAUGUGGACCAAACCCCAGAAGCAGCCGAAAAUAGGGUGAAACGCCAUCUUCCUCCUGAAGACGUUUCUGAGCUCCUCAGUAAACGACACCAAAUCAUUAACCUUUGGCGUCCUUUCAGCCAUGUUGCCCAAGACUGGCCACUUGCCUUGGCCGACUACCGCCAUCUAGACUACGAAAAGGAUCUGACGCCCGUCACGCUCAAAUACCCGGAUCGUGAAGGCGAGACCUUCGGCGUCAAGUUUAACGAACGACAUAAGUGGUAUUACAUGAAGGACAUGACGCCAGAUGAUCUCGUUCUUAUUAAGUGCUUUGAUUCCAAAACGGAUGAAGGCAUUUCCCGUCUCACUCCUCACACCGCCUUUUUUGAUACGGCGGCUCCAACUGACGCUCCCCCGCGUCAUUCGAUUGAAAUACGCGCACUUGUCUUUUAUCCUUAACGAUUGAGUUAGCGCUUUUCUCCCCAGUUCGAUGCGAACCAUGAGUUGGGAUUGUAUUCAUUCUGA